UACUUCGUUUAUACAGAGCACAUGCAAAUAAAAUUAUAAAAGCAAUAUCGCUCGGUUGAAAUUUAUUCAGUUUGUUGCCAUAUUUACAACGAAGCAUAAGUAAUUUUCUGCUAACUUUUCAUCAUUUUUUUUUGUAACGUCUAUUCUUUUCUAUUCAAUUUUUUUUUUUUUGUUUGUAAAACUUAAGUUUUUCUUGAAGCCAAGAUGAUGAAAGGAAAUCAUCCAGUAAUAAAAAAAGAAAACUCCUAUAUCAUGGAGAAAACGAGCUCCGAAGAUCCGCAGAAUACCUGCAUAAUAUUUUCGAUGAAAGAUGAGUCUGCUGGUGCUUUGGCCAAUUUUUUAAAAUUGUUCGAUGAGCACAAAGUCAACUUAAUGCACAUCGAAUCAAGAUCCUCAACACGUUUGCCGGGCUACGAGUUCUUUGUCGAAUGCGACACGAAGAGCGGAAAUUUGGGAAUGGCAAUCGAAAAGCUCAAACAACUCUGCAACUAUUUCAACAUUAUUUCUCGUGACUACAAGGAUAACGUUUGUACCGUGCCAUGGUUUCCUCGACGAAUUCGUGAUUUGGACAGAUUUGCUAAUCAAAUUCUGUCUUACGGAUCUGAACUGGACUCUGACCAUCCUGGCUUUACGGACGAGGUGUACAGAAAUAGAAGAAAAUAUUUCGCGGAUAUAGCAUUCAACUACAGACAUGGUCAGCCUUUGCCAAGAGUAGACUAUACGAAAGAAGAAACUGACACCUGGGGAAUUGUUUUCAAUAAGCUUACUAAAUUGUAUAAGACUCAUGCCUGUCGUGAACAUAAUCACGUGUUUCCAUUGCUGAUUGAUAAUUGUGGAUAUAGGGCAGACAACAUUCCACAACUUGAAGACGUUUCCAAUUUCCUAAAAGAUUGUACUGGCUUUACAUUACGUCCAGUCGCUGGACUACUAUCAUCUCGAGAUUUUCUAGCUGGACUAGCAUUCCGUGUGUUCCACAGUACGCAAUACAUUCGACAUUCAAGUAAACCAUUGUACACACCAGAACCAGAUGUGUGCCAUGAACUACUAGGUCAUGCACCUUUAUUUGCUGAUCAGGCAUUCGCCCAAUUCUGCCAAGAAAUUGGUCUGGCAUCACUCGGAGCACCCGAUGAUUAUGUGGAACAAUUGGCGACCUGCUUUUGGUUCACUGUGGAAUUUGGUCUGUGUCGCCAAGAAGGUGACCUUAAAGCCUAUGGAGCUGGUUUGCUUUCCUCAUUCGGAGAGCUUGAGUACUGUUUAUCUGAAAAGCCAGAAUUAAGAGAAUUCGAACCAGCAAAAACUGGACUACAAGAAUAUCCAAUCACAGAAUAUCAACCCAUCUACUAUGUUGCCAGCUCCUUCGACGAAGCUAAGGAAAAAUUGAAAAAAUAUGCUGACCUGAUUCCGAGACCAUUUGGUGUACGGUACAAUGCAUACACCCAGAGCAUUGAGAUACUUGAUUCCAAGCCACAAGUCGAAAAUUUGAUGCAUAAUCUGAAUAUGGAAUUUCAAACAUUACAAAAUGCCUUUAGAAAACUUAAAGUUUAAGUUUUGGUAUUUGGUAUGAAUACGCUUUUUUUAGUUGCGAUAAGUUCAACGUUAAAGAUAUUUUGUAAGAACAUGCCUAGGAUUAGCGCCAUGAGUAUGCUGUGUAAUAUCAAUCAUCUAAAAGUUAUACUCAAAAUAAACAAAAAUUUUAAAUAA